UCCGCAUACGUCACUUCCGCUCACCGCUUGUCAAACAUGGCGCUGCUCCUAAGGACGUUGGCCCGCCAGGGUGUCUGUCUCUCCAGACCACACUAUGGUGUCUUCUUCAGACAUGCUGCUCCAAUGGGAACCACAGCUAAGGAUGAGAUGAACAAGUUCUGGGCCAAAAAUGCCAAAUUAAGCAGACCCAUGUCUCCUCAUAUCACCAUUUAUAAAUGGUCCGUCCCCAUGCUGAUGUCCAUCACAUUCAGAGGAACUGGAGUGGGGCUCAGUGGAGCUAUCUCGGCCUUUGCCUUGGCAGCGCUGGUAUUACCCGAAAGUUACCCCCACUACCUGGACCUGAUCCACUCGCUUUCCGUCGGGCCCUAUCUCCUCGGGUUUGCCAAAUUCGGCAUCACCUUCCCUGUAUCUUACCACACCUACAACGGCAUCCGCCACUUGUGGUGGGACCUUGGCAAGGGCUUCAGAAUCCCAGAAGUCUACCGCACUGGCUACACAGUUAUCGGUCUGUCCAUCAUCACCUCCCUAGCGGUGGCUUUCCUCCUCUGAGCAGAAAGGAGAGGAGCUGGAAGGGAAUGUGGACUUAUAUUCACUGUGGGAGUUUUGUGUGUCUAUGUUGUGGCCUACUGCAGGCACUAUUUCGUCAAAGUAUUAAAUAAAGGAUUAUAUUAUACUGUA